AAAAUAAUUGUUUAAUCAAAUUUAAAUGUCUGUUAAGCACCUGGAAGUUGUCAGAUACUUACCUGAUAUGAUCAACCGUAUCAUUAAAAAUUGGAAAUAUACCAAAGAGAUGAUGAGACAACGGAACUGAUGUAAUCAAAUAUGGGACUGAACAAGAUAGAAAUAUCUGAACUUUCUAGUGAACAAUUAUCACAAAGUUUGAUAGAAUGCGUCAAAAGUAAAGAUGCAAAAAAUGCAGCAGCCUUGAUAGAAAAUGGCGCCGACUCCAAUUAUGCUGAUGAGGCUGGCUGUACACCUUUACAUUAUGCCGCACUUGGAGGUUAUGUUGACCUUGUAGUCCAAAUGAUUCAAAAAGGUGGCAACGUUAGAAAAGUAGAUGUGAAUGGUGAAACAGCAAUUCAUAAAGCGGCACGGAAAGGAAACAUUGAAGUUAUAGUGGCAAUAGUAGCGCACGGAGGAGAUAUAAACAUAUUGAAUAUGCACGGUCAGAGUGGCCUUGAGCUUGCAGUUAUCAGAAAGGAUGCAAGUGCAGUUCGAUUGUUUUGCAAAUUAGGAGCAGAAGCUGCUCUCCAGGAUUGGGUUUGGACAAUGGGUGAUACGAAUUUGCUUGCUAAAAAAGACAAAUGGAUUUUAGAUCUACUCAUUGUACAGAGCAGUAGGUACCCAGGAUAUAAGUAUGGUGCGAUAUCUUUUAAAGUAUUACACGUUCAACCAGGAACAGACGAUAUCAAAAUGGAAUCUCUUGGAAUAUCGAUACAGCCGUAUGGUAUUUUAAACAGUUUUUACUUAUAUUGUUGUAAAAUGCACCAAGAAUAUUCAAAUGCCCGUGAUCGUUUGCAACAACAAGAAAGUUUGUUUAGUGAUGUUGUGGAACUGGUUGUCUGGGGUAACAAGCCUAAUUCUCUAAAAUUACAGAUCACAGUACCUGGUGUGCCAAGUUGCAGUGAACGACUGUCGUUGUUUCCUAUUGACGGUUCAGUAAAUGGAACUAUUGAUGGAUUCGAAAAAAUUGAAACUGAUGACUCAGACGUCUCAAAUUACACAAAUGUAACGCUUACAAUUACCUUUGGGAAAAAAGACUCCGUUAUGUUUGCCAUAAUUACAACAGAAGUACCAGAAACGUUCACUGUAACAGAGGAAGCUGUCUGUAUACAACCUGUUAUGGAACCAGAUGCCAAGAUAGAUAUACCUCAAGGAACAUUUGAAGGUCUUGGUCAAUUACAAGUUAAUGUUUCAGAAACCAAAGAUUUGAUGAUGAACGAAAAAGGUAUAGACGAACCGCUACUGAUCACCAAUGUAUUGGAUUUAACAAUGUCAGAUGGUAAACAGCCCAAGAAAACGGUUAAAAUGCAAAUGCCGGUACAUACCCAGACAGAUACAGAUGUUAUCAUACUUGGCUGUCACAAGGAAUAUCCAGAAGAGGAUGAUGACUGGGAAAUCAUAGAAACAGAUAAUCUAAAGAAAUUUGUGGCAUUCGACGUGAAACAUUUUUCUUUCUAUGUUGCUGGCUCGAGAACAUUUUCUGAGAAAGCGGCCAAAUUAGCCACUCAAGCAAUUAAGAGGGAGCGAAGGAUUGAAUUGUUUGCAAUGGUUAAGUUUGAAACAGAUAGAGUGUUCACCCUGAUUAUUGAAUGCAUUCAGAAGACAUUGGGCAAGAAACGACGUAAACAAUGGAAAGAAAAAGGAUUCGAAACUCAGUCCGUGGAAUACUUUGAUUGUAUUGUGCAAGUGUACCAACAGUUUAAGAUAACGUUCUCAGGGGAUCUGCUAAUACAAGAAGGAACCGAAGGAACAGAAAGUGACAAAAUCAUUAUAUUCAAUCCAAACAAAAAGAAAAAUCAUAGGACAUUCAACUUAGUUGAUUCACACAAGCUGGCUAGCGGUGAAGUAAUAGUUGAUUCACACAAGCUGCCUAGCGGUGAAGAAAUAGUUGAUUCACACAAGCUUCCUAGCGGUGAAGUAAUAAUUGACAAAAUUAUUGAAGUGGAGUCAAAGUCACACGAGAAAGAAGACUUGAAUAAAGUUCCUGAGGUUAUGACAAAACCUGGUCUGUUUGGUAGUUGUUGUCCAAAAUCGAUGUACAUUGCAACUGGAAAUGAAGACAAAGAACAAAAACCGCAGACUGAAUAUCUAACAACGUUACCAAUUGCUGUCAAAAUUACUGAAGUAGAAAUUCCAGAAGAAUUGUUUAGAGAGACCAAACUUGAUCCAAAUGAUCCUGAAUGUCCUAUAAGAUGUACAGUCCUUCGAUAUGCAUCACUCAAAAGACUUGGGGACAGUUUAACUGAUGAAGAAUGCCACAGAUUAGGUAUCAACUUAAACAUGUCAGUGAACGUACUGAACGAACUAAUGAAGGAAACCAACUUUAAAGAAAACAUGUUUCAGAAGUGGCGACCAAAACGACCUUACGAAAGCCUGGUAGAAAGUUUAAGGAAAGCUUUGGAAAGAAUUGAUAGACAAGACAUUGGAAAUAUGGUACAAGAGGCGUUUGAAAACGAAUCAGAGUUCAGAUUCCAAAGUGUUUGAGCAUAAUGUAAAAAAAAUAUUUUAUAACUGUU